CUAGAAAUAGGUGUCCGCACAUCGAAUUGACUCUCGCUCCAAGUCCUUGGAUGGUGUGCCGUCUGCUAUGGUUACUAUGCAUCCAAGACUACUAUAAAAAAGACGCGUGCCAAUACAAAACAAAAUGUGCUGAUCCUGACUUGCCAAUACCUAAAAAACCUCCUUGGAAAUAUGAUCAGAAUGCACUAUUAGAACCGGAGACAUCUACCCCGCUUGUUUGCAGAAUUCCAGGAAUCAAUGACAGUUCCUCUCAAAAUGUUAUUAGAAAGACAUCUUCAAAAAGCAUUGAGGCAUAUAUCCUUGAUAAAGGAUCAAGAUGUGGUAUACUUUGGUGGCGGCCUCUUUUUCUCAGACCUGCUAGGAACAUUCGAGCCUUUCUUGUUGUCAUAUGCAUAGUUUCCUGCUUGCAGGCAGCUUUUUCAGGCUAUACUGCCUCUCAGCGAUCCUUUGUGUAA